GAGACGGGAAAAGAGUUCUCGACGGGAGGAGGCGAAAGAGAGGUGAAGUGAAGAUGGCGAGAGGCUCCCGGUGUUUGAGAAGAGCGGUAGCGGAGUGUAUCAGAAACUUACCGUCCACAGCCAGUCGUGAAACACCAGGCAGGAAUGGAGUGAGGUAUCUGUCUUCAUGUGGGAUCCUGAUGACCCGGGUGCCGCCCCUCUUCAGGGCUGUGUCGGGUCGAGCUGUGGUGGCUCCAGCCAGGAGUUUCUUCAACCUCUCGGAGUCUUUUAACAAGAGAAAGGAGUACUCUGAAAGACGUAUCAUUGGGUACUCGAUGCAAGAAAUGUAUGAGGUUGUGGCCAAAGUAGAAGACUACCUGCUGUUUGUGCCGUGGUGCAAGCGUUCAGACGUUAUAUUCCGCCGCUCGGGAUUUUGCAAGGCCAAGCUGACUGUGGGUUUUCCUCCUGUUGUGGAAAACUACACCUCACUGGUUACUACAGUUCGCCCGCAUUUGGUCAAAGCAGCUUGCUCUGAUGGAAAACUGUUCAAUCACUUGGAGACGGUGUGGCGCUUCAGCCCUGGUCUUCCUGGAUACCCCCGUACAUGCACUCUUGACUUUGCUAUUUCCUUUGAGUUCCGCUCGCUCCUGCAUUCUCAGUUGGCCACCGUUUUCUUCGACGAGGUCGUAAAGCAGAUGGUGUCUGCUUUUGAGCGGCGGGCGUCCAAGCUGUAUGGCCCGGAAACACAGAUCCCACGCGAACUGAUGUUCCACGAGGUCCACCACACGUAGUUCAUUCCACAGCUUCAGACGGAUGGGGAGGGGGAUGUUGUUCAGGGAACUGGGGGUUUUAUUGAAAGUAUACAUUUAGAGUAUUACAAAGACAGCUGAGAGCGGGAGCUCUGUGUGCCUGAAUAUCGUCAGUGCCUGGUCCAAACAAACCAGUUGAUUUUAAAUGUUUUUAUGCUAAAAAACAAAUAUGGCUGGAUCUUUUCAUGGAGAGUUUGAUUGUGUCCACUGAGCCCUGCUCCACUACCUCCAUGUUAACUUUUUAAAGCCCGCUAUCAGUAUGGCACCUUGAGCCAUGCAUUUUUUAAUAUGAGGACCUCGAGAUGGUUUUUUUUUU